UCCAUUCACCAAAUAUAGUUCCACAGAGAGCGACUCUCGCAGUUGGCGCUUGUAUUGGGGGGGAAAAAGAUGAUCACACAGUCAAAUUUCCACUUUGCCACCAGUAAACCGUUUUUUCAGAUAAAUGAACAAUUCCUCCAACAUUUUCCAGUCAGUUUAUUUCAAAACGUUGCCCAGCUGUGGCGGCUUCCAUAAGUGCCCUCCGCACAACGCGCGCGCCUGUGUAUUUUUUGUCUGUGGCUCGUGUCGUGGCCAAAAUUAAUAAUAUUAAUUGAGGAGUCUCUGAAGAGACACAUUCAAAUUCGCCUUCAGUGCUCUGGCACAACGAUAAGGAAGUGGCUUGUAUUCUCUCCUCCAAUUUGGACGCACUUGGAGAGACUUUCCGUUGCAAAAACCGUGAUCGGACAGACACAAAAAAGGCAGUCGCUAAUCUGAGAGAGAAGAGAGAGAGACUGCAAAUUUGUGUGGUAUUGAGCAAUAUUUGAUAUAACAAUAUAAUAAUGGGUGAACUGUCCAAUCCGAUAGAUAUUCUCUUGAAUCGUGUCCGAGGUCAUCAGCGGGCUCCGUCUGACUCGAAAGAGUUCCACGAGGUGACGAAACGCGAUGCCCAGCGCGUGCUGGAGGAUGAUAUUGAGAAGCUCCUGGAGACGUGCGAUGAGGCGCAGAAGGCGCCGCUGCGGAGUGAAAUGAUGCGCUUCAGCAAUCUCUUCGGGCGCUUCCUGGCCGAGGAUGGGCCGUCGGUGGACUGGAAUCGCAUCGAGAAGCUGCCGGAGGACGCUGUGCAGGAUUACAGCAGUCUUCAGGCGCCAGACGACAAUCACAUCCGCGAUGAGCUGAACAAGCUGGUGGUGAUCAAGCUGAAUGGUGGCCUGGGCACGUCGAUGGGCUGCCAUGGGCCGAAGAGUGUGAUUCCGGUGCGAAGCGACUUGACCUUCCUGGAUUUGACGGUGCAGCAGAUUGAGCAUCUCAACAGGGUGUACAACUGCAGUGUGCCGCUGGUGCUAAUGAACUCCUUCAACACGGACGAGGACACGGAGAAGGUGAUUCGCAAGUACAAAGGAUUCCAAGUGAAGAUCUACACAUUCAACCAGAGCUGCUUUCCGCGUGUCAGCCGUGAAUCCCUGCUGCCCGUGGCGAAGAACUUCAACGUGAAGGACGACAUGGAGGCAUGGUAUCCGCCCGGGCACGGUGACUUCUACGAGUCGUUCGCCAAUUCGGGCCUCUUGAGGAAGUUCAUCGACGAAGGUCGGGUGUAUUGUUUCUUGUCCAAUAUUGACAAUCUCGGCGCCACGGUGGAUCUCAACAUUCUCAAUCGCCUCAUCGGCGGCGGUGGCGAGAAGCCCAUUGAGUUCGUGAUGGAGGUGACAGACAAGACGAGGGCGGACGUGAAAGGUGGCACACUCAUUCAGUACGAGAACAAACUCAGACUCCUGGAGAUUGCGCAGGUGCCCAAGGAGCAUGUCGAUGACUUCAAAUCCGUGAAGACGUUCAAGUUCUUCAACACCAACAACAUCUGGGCCAAACUCGAUGCAAUCGAGCGAGUUCUGAAGGAGAACACCCUCAACAUGGAGAUAAUCGUGAACAACAAGACACUGGACAACGGACUGCGAGUGAUUCAGCUGGAGACUGCCGUUGGCGCUGCCAUGAAGUGCUUCGAGGGAAUUGGCAUCAAUGUGCCGCGAUCGCGCUUCCUGCCUGUGAAGAAGACAUCGGAUCUGAUGCUGGUCAUGUCCAAUCUCUACAGUUUGCGGCACGGUUCGCUGGUCAUGUCGCCGCAGCGCAUGUUCCCCACGACGCCACUUGUGAAACUGGGCGAAAACCACUUUGCGAAAGUGAAGGAGUUCCUCGGCAGAUUCGCCAAUAUUCCCGAUAUCAUCGAGCUGGAUCAUCUGACUGUGUCGGGCGAUGUGACAUUUGGCCGGGGCGUCUCACUCCGCGGCACAGUGAUAAUAAUAGCCAAUCAUGGGGACCGAAUUGAUAUUCCCGCUGGCGCCAUCCUCGAGAACAAGAUCGUGUCCGGCAAUAUGCGCAUCCUGGAUCACUAGGGGCGCUAUCGUGGGUCACACGUGCAAUGUAGUCGCCUUUUACCAUACGUUUUAUCUACUUUUAUCUCCUCUCUACAUGGUCAAUCACUAGGGUGCAAUGUUUUAUAGGCGCGUUUUUGCAAGUACAAAAUUUUAUAAUGACUCAAUUGCUCCUAAGUAGAAUAUACGAUUGUCAUCGAA